GGUUGCUCCAACAAUGCAGCUUUUAAUGGAGCUUUUAAUGGUGCUCUGAACGCCGUGAGGGGGAUACGCUGUGCCACCGCAGGCCGGUCCGGAGGCUGGACAGUCCAGCGGCACUUCACGCGGUCUGUUAGCGGGCUCGUGCCUCCUUCGGCUCAGUCUUUCAGGAUAUCCCGGACUCCUUCGCAGCGGUUUCUGUGUUAAGAAGACGAAAGAGAAGUUUUCUGUGCUUCAGUCUCUGGAGGAUUCACUCAUGAACAGUUGGAAAGUGAGGAUAAUUGAGAUGGACCCAGCCAGCCCUCCCAAAUGUCUCACUGGCCUGUGAGCAGCCAUGGCUUCCCUGCAUCGCCCUUCGAGGGGCCCCCCUCCCCACAUGCAGGGUUGUUUUCUGACAUAGGCUCAAGCGAAUUGCUCAAAUUCACAUCAGAAAUGGCAUUGGCCUGUGUGGACUGCAGAGCAUCAGAGUACAUAUUGGAGCACAGGUGAGGUUCAAACUCCAGCCAAUACCCAGAGGACUCCUACGAGGGGGGUAAACAACCUCAGAUGACCUUUGCAGAAGGACAGCGUCACACCACAGCGUUGAUGAUUUAGUAUCCAUCCCACUGCCUUGCUGACAAGGUCGAACAUGGCUGCUGCAGAUCCCCAUAGCAACAGUUCCUUUUCAAGACGAGGGGAAGACUGAGAGGGUCAACGAUGCAGCGAAACGGCGGAGUGGGGGGCGUCGGAGGCCAGCCGUGGGUUUUGCGACGCGUUCGUCUCACAUGGCUCAGUUUCAUGCUCUUCUUCAUCCUGGUCUUCUUCCCACUCAUCGCCCACUACUACCUCACUACCAUUGACGAAGCUGGCGGGCCCGACAAGCGCAUCUUCGGGCCGCGGCCCGGCGGUGAACUGUGCGAGGCCAAGCACGUGCAGGACCUGUGCCGUAUCCGCGAGUCGGUCAGCGAGGAGCUGCUGCAGCUGGAAGCCAAGAGGCAGGACCUUAACGGUGAGAUCGCCCGGCUCAACCUUCGGAUCGAGGCGUGCAAGCGCAGCAUCGACAGCGCAAAGCAGGAUCUGCUGCAGCUGAAGAAUGUCAUUAGUCAAACGGAGCAUUCGUAUAAAGAACUGAUGGCCCAGAAUCAGCCCAAGCUUUCCUUACCUGUCAGAUUACUGCCAGACAAGGACGACCAAGGAAUGCCACCACCCAAGUCUGCGCGCUCCUGCCGUUUGCGCUCAUGCUUCGACUAUGCGCGCUGCCCUCUUACGUCUGGAUUUCCUGUGUAUGUCUAUGACACAGGCACCUAUCAGUGGGGGGACUAUCUUGAUCCACUGGUGAAACAAGCAUUCGCUGCAUCAGUCAAGAGCAACAUCUAUAUUACCGACAACCCCAGCAUAGCCUGUCUGUACCUGGUGCUUGUCGGAGAGCUGCAGGAGUCCCCGUCCUCUCCACUGCCCAGCCCCGCAGAGCUGGAGAAGCAGCUAAAAGCCCUUCCCUACUGGAGAUCUGAUGGACAUAACCACGUUCUGGUGCAUCUCUCCAGAAAGUCUAUGACGCAGAACUUCCUGUAUAAUGUGAGCGCCGGAAGAGCAGCGGUCGCGCAGUCGACGUUUCUGGAGCAGCAGUACCGCGAGGGCUUCGACCUUGUUGUGUCCCCGCUAGUUCACGCCCUGUCAGAGCCCAACUUUCUUGAAGUUCCCCCCCAAGUUCCUGUAAAGAGGAAAUAUCUCUUCACUUUCCAGGGUGAACGGGUGGAGUCCCUGAGGAGCAGCCUGCAGGAGGCGCCGCCUCAAUCUUUUGAGGAGGAACUGGAAGGAGAUCCCCCAGCGGACUACGACGAUCGGAUCAUUGGGACCCUGAAGGCGGUGCAGGACAGUCAUUUAGAUCAGGUGCUGGUGGAGUUCACCUGCAAGAACCCAAGAGCCAGUUUUCCAACAGAGUGGGCUCUGUGUGGGGAGCGGGAAGACCGGCUAGAGGUGCUGAAAGCCUCUACGUUCGCCCUGGUGAUCGCCGCAGGAGAUGGACAGCUGGUGGCCUCAGCAGGCUGUGGAAUGCGCUUGUUCGAGGCUUUAGAGGUGGGGGCCAUCCCCGUCGUUCUAGGGGACCAUUCCAAACUACCUUACCAUCACUUUAUCCGCUGGACUGAAGCAGCUUUGUUAGUCCCUAAACAGCGCGUCACAGAACUACACUUCUUACUACGCAGCCUGUCCGACAACGACAUGCUGGCGAUGAGGCGGCAGGGCCGCUUCCUGUGGGAGACCUACUUCUCCACGUCAGAAAAUGUUCUCAACACCAUCCUGGCCAGUAUCAGAACCAGCAUCCAGGUUCCUGCAGCACCCAUCAAAGAAGAGCCUGCCCAGGAGAUUCCUCAUAAAGCCGGGAAGCUGGCGGGGACCGACGCCAACCUGGCCGACAACGGCGAUCUGGAUUUGGGUCCGGUGGAAACGGAGCCCCCGUACGCCUCUCCACGCUUUCUCCGCAACUUCACAUACACGGCUGCAGACACCUACAGGGCCUGGAACCGGGCUCCGGGGCCGUUUCACCUUUUCCCCCACACUCCUCUCGACCCCGUUCUGCCUUCCGAAGCCAAGUUCCUUGGCUCCGGUACUGGUUUCAGGCCCAUCGGCGGGGGUACCGGGGGCUCUGGGAAGGAGUUUCAGGCCGCGCUGGGUGGGAACGUGCCCAGAGAACAGUUCACGGUGGUGAUGCUGACCUACGAGAGGGAGGAGGUGCUGAUGAACUCCCUGGAGAGACUGAACGGUCUGCCUUACCUCAAUAAGGUAGUAGUGGUGUGGAAUUCACCCAAACCUCCUUCAGAUGACCUGCUGUGGCCAGACAUCGGCCUGCCCAUCGUGGUUGUUCGGACAGAGAAAAAUAGCCUCAACAACCGCUUCCUUCCGUGGGACGCCGUAGAAACCGAAGCCAUCCUGUCCAUCGACGACGACGCCCAUCUUCGACACGAUGAGAUCAUGUUCGGGUUCAGGGUGUGGCGUGAGGCUCGAGAUCGCAUCGUUGGAUUCCCCGGGCGCUAUCACGCCUGGGACAUCAACCACCAGUCGUGGCUCUACAACUCCAACUACUCCUGUGAGCUCUCCAUGGUCCUGACCGGAGCCGCUUUCUUCCACAAGUACUACGCGUACCUGUACUCCUACGUGAUGCCCCAGGCCAUCAGGGACAUGGUGGACGAGUACAUAAACUGCGAAGACAUCGCCAUGAACUUCCUGGUCUCACACAUCACACGCAAGCCGCCCAUCAAGGUCACAUCCCGGUGGACCUUCCGCUGCCCCGGCUGCCCUCAGGCCCUCUCACACGACGACUCGCACUUCCACGAGCGCCACAAGUGCAUCAACUUCUUCGUCAAAGUGUACGGCUACAUGCCGCUGCUGUACACGCAGUUCCGAGUGGACUCGGUGCUGUUCAAGACUCGCUUGCCCCACGACAAGACCAAGUGCUUCAAGUUUAUCUAGCAUCGGGGCCGGGUGACACAGCGGAGAGCCAAAGGACUGGGAGUAUUUAAAGGGAACAGCAGCUCCCGCCCAGAGCGCUGAUGGAGAUGGAUGGGCGGACUUCGAGGAUAAACGCACAAAAAAUAAAAGGUGGAGUCUUGGGUUCGGAUGUUGCCCGAGGAGACUGACAAGUUAACCUUAAGAGCUCUCGGCUGGCGGUCCAAUCCAUAACUCCAGUGAAGAUUUAAAAGAGUGGGAAGCUGAAAGGGACCACUGCCAACAAAACCCGCCUUUUCAGUGGCCGUCACUCUCCUCCUCACCUUCUUAGAUCAUGCCCCAUCAUCAACCACUAGCUUACAGAUGUCACGCGCACCUGAGGAAGGGUGUCCGGUGUACAGAAACUCCGCCCGACCAGGGGGAGUUUGUGAAUAAGUGAGAGGUGAAGACUCGGCGACUUCAGCCCCGAGAGCCCAGCGUGGCGACGGUACGUGGCUGCCACUACGCUUUAUUUUUCUUCUUUCCAUUUCACCGUUAGACUGUACUUCUUGUACAUGUACGUGAGAGAAGCACUGAUGGUCGGAAGUAUUUUAUUGAACUUUUUUUUUUUUUAAAUAAUGUUGUUUAAAUGUAUAAAAAUCUCUAUAUGGAGCGAACGACUUCCAGAAUCUCCGUCUGUGGGAGGUCGGAGUCAAACAGGUCGGCCCAGUCAUGUUUCAAGCAGAAUCACGAGGGAAUUCACUCCAGCGGUCACCAUAAUGCCUCAAACCAGCCACUGGUCCGUCAUUUAGUCUGCCCUCAUCGUGUCUCCUCGUGUUCGAAGAUGGAAGAAAUCAUGUUGAAAUGUAGAAAAAGUCAAGCCACCGCUGCCAAAAUCACAAUAAAUAGGUCAUCUAUCUACUUAGAAUUGUAUUUAUGCAGCAAGUUGUUCUGUUAGGAUGGUGGUAAAUAGGAAAAGAGGAGAGUUGGUGUUUUGGUACAGACACAUAUUUGCUUUCUGGGGAAGAAUUCAGCCAUUUCCUCUCUGAUGCAGAAAAAAUAUGAACAGAAAAGGACUUUACUUUGUUAGGAAAUGCACGCGUUGACUCCGCUUUUCUAAAUUAACAAGACAUUGUGUAGGAAAAAUAUUUGGCUCUGUUUUACUAACGGGAAAUUUUAUUUAUUGUAAGAAACAUUUCUUGUGCUCUUAAUUAACUAGACUAAUUAUUUAGGAAUCAAGUCUUCUGAUCUGCUUUUCUGAAUUAACAAGAUACGUUAGAUGAGUUUUUUCUUUGAUUUUGAAUUUCUAAAGUAAGGUUUCAAAUUCUAUAUAAACAGGUUUCAGGCUCGAUGAGAUAACGAGAAAUACAUCUUCAAAUUAUGUUUCUCUCAAUUUUUUGAGGCAAAUUAUCUUCAACAACUGGACCUUUUUUUUUUUAAUCAAAAAUAUAUUUUUUGAACAAUUGAGUUUACCUAUUGAAUUUUUUUUAAUCUAUUUUUCUUACAAUAAUUUUAACUUUUUUGUUAGUAAUCAAAUUAAAUGCUUUUAUUAUAAUCAUAAUAAAUUGUACUGGUUUAAAAAAAACAGAAAAAUGCCAAUGUGUAAGUAUUUUUUUUCUGAAUUGUUAACUUAUAAAGUUAUUUUUUUGGCUUGAUUGACUGAAAUUUGGCACUAAGCAGAACUUGUACUCCCUCAGUCUUGACCUUGUAUUCUGAUCCCAGUACAGCAUCAGCCUGCUCGGUACAGUUUCAUCCCUUGUAAUCCAGAACAUUUAGGAGCCUCUUCAGUCGGUUUAGAAGUAGUUGUUUUGUUUUUUUUAAUCAAUAAAUGCAAAGUCUUUGUGGAGUUGAUGCAGCACAGCAUCCAUCAGAGUUGACCUGGGAGUAGAAACACAGAGAAGCAGGUUUCGAACCUUCAGCCUGCAGACGCUUAGCUUAGCGCCGCAUAAAGACCGGGAACUAUUCCGUCUCCAUUAGAAGGUAACGCGGCCUGAUCGCGCCACUAAAGCCCGCUGAUUAGCACAUUAUCACUCACUUACUGUAGAGCGGGAGGGAUGCGUCGGCCUCGUCCCUCGGUGGUUUCCUGGCAACCGGCGGAGACGCGAGGAAGUUAAUGGCCCUCGCCGGAGAAACGGUCCGGCUCGUAAACUAGCGACUUCUCGCUUUUAUUCUCUCAUUUCAGUUCAGAUUAAAUAAAUGAGGCUUAAUGCGUUCCAUCCGAGCUGUGGGAGCUUUUCGGAGCUAACCGGCUGCAGACUGCAGCUUGUUCGAUAUUUAUGGGAUUGAUUUCUAAUCCAGGAAGCAAAUAUUGGCCAGAAUGUGAAACUCUUCUCUUUGUUUUAGAGCUCAAGUAUUAGAAGUGUCCGAUCAUGUUCAUGCCAGCCCACCAGCAGUGCGGUCAUCUUUGUUUCAUGCGUCUCUUUUUUUAUUUUUAUUUUGUUUUGUUUUAUUUUUUUGUAAAUCAUUGCUCGAUGAAUGUUUUCUUUGCCAAAUCGGUACGAUGUCUGCUGCUUUCCGACAUCAUUUUGCAGGGUGCACAGUGUGAGCGCGCGUGCUGAAGGGAUGCAGCCCGGUACACCCCACAUCCCCUCCGCACGGUACUUAACCAGGAGCCAGCCCGUCGUGUAUUGUAAACUCCUACGACCUUCAUUUGACCUUGUAAUCUCAACUGGAAAAGUUUCCUUACGUAAUAUAUUCAAAUUAGUGUGGUUCCCCAAAAGUCUGUUCUGUGAGGAUGUUUUUACCAAGCAGAAAGUCAUAAAUCCAUGUCUCUUGUAUAUUUAUUGAAUAUAUUGUUAAAAAAAAAAGGAUUUUCUUUUUUUUAAAAUAACUGAUAAAGACAUGCAAUAAAACGACAAGACAUGGUAGUUUAUUACUCCUAAUCACAGAGAAGUCCCGAUCCGAUUGAGUCGUGGAAUGUAUUUCAUCUCUGAGGAGGAAGGCCAGCCUGUGGCAUGUGAGGGGAGGAGGAGGAGGAGGAGGAGGAGAGGUGGGGGGGUCUCAGACUCACUGACCUGGCAGCAGCUCGACGGCUGGCAGUUAACAGCGCCGACCUGUAACCCGCAGCCUCGUAAAUUGAGCUUCAGCAACGAUCCGCUGCAGACUAAUUGAGGAGCGUCUGAAGCCAGGUCUCUGCUGGCUCCGGGUGGCGGCCGCCGCUUCCUAAUCCCCGCUGCGAAGCACCAAAAAAAAAAAAAAUAAAUAAAUACUGGAUCCAACCUGUUUACCUGAGAGCCAGAGUCGAAGUGCAAAAACCAGUCCAAGUCUUCAUUUGCUGCACUAAACUUUAAAAAAGAAGAAGGAAAAAAAAAAACCUUUAACUGGAGCUCCAGAAGCUUCUUAAGUACGCGGCCCUGGGGCCUCAGGUCUGAAU